AAUCGACAAUCAUUAACUUCUACAACAUAAAUUCACGAAAGAAGUCUUCUUUUUAUUAAAAAUUGGAAUUGUCGUUUAUUUACUCGCAAAAAUUAAGAAAAAUAUAUAAAUACGAGGAUUAUACUCACUAUAUUCACAUUCAAUUAAAAUUCAAGAGUGUAGAUUUGGGUUUGCUGUUGUUUUUGCAGAAUGAAACAAUGACGUAAAACCAAAAAGAGUCAUGAAGAAGAAGCAUAUGUAAAAAAUUAGCAAAAUAAAUAGAGAAACCCUACAGUUUCGUUAAACAAAUGCAUUUUUCUAACAGAGAAAAAGUGGCAAAUUAUAAUUUUCAAUACGAUAAGUAGACUCGUACACCCGAGUGGAGAUGAGUAGACCCAGCACCGACUCGGACAGCUCGGAGGAGUUUUUCGAUGCAGAGGACUCCACACCUAAUCGUCUGUCAACAUUAAGCCGCAAGUCCAUUAUUGACGCAACACAAACUCCGCAAGAAUUUAUAUAUCCUGAUCCAGCUGUUAGAGUACAAGCCUCUUCGGACAGCGAUGCCACACCCAUAGGAGCAGUUACACCAGCCACCAGUAGUCCCAGCAGUAGUUUGAGUGCCCGCGGUAACAAGCAAGAAGUUUUCGUAGAACCAAAGCCAGUGCAGGCCACUUAUGGUAGACAGCGUUUUGAUGAAUUGCGUCAGUGCAUGCAAAACGAUGAAGACGAUAAUCCGGGAAAUACUUUAACACCUGAUUCUCAGAACAGCUCCACAGAUGGGGUAUUUGCAAAUCGGCCCACUCACCCUUUUAAGGUGGUCGAAAAAGAUGCCAUGAGUGUACAGAGCAUGACAUCGUUGGGACGAGUGGGUCGAAUUUUGGCUGGAAGCAUAGAUCCGUCUUCUAUGAGCAUUGACCGUGAAUAUUUUGCAAAUACAAGCAGCAGUCAGCAACAGCAACAACUUCAGCAGCAGAUUGCUCAGCAACAGCAACGUUUGCAACAAACUCAGCUGACACACAGUGGUUCAUCGUCAACCAUUAGUAGCAUAAAAUCUGCAAGUGUACCACCAGGUCCCAUAGAAGCUAGCAGUAGUCGAGCAUCUGUGCCGUCAAAUGCCGCUACGACUUCAAUGUCUGAGACCGUGACAUCGGCAUUUGAUAAACCCGUUACCCUUCAGGAGCCCGAUGUUAUUGCUAGCACUAAAUUGGCCCAUUCCAAAACUACCGAUUCAAUAACCUCAAGUGGUCCCAUAGCACCACCGCGACGCAAGAAGAAAUCGAAAAAGGGGUCGUCAAGUUCAUCCGAACAUUUUAAUAUGAAUGAGGGCAUGCGAUUGCAGGCACCAGAUACUGAUACCGACAGCGACACUCGAUCUGUGAAGAGCGUUAGAGAUGUUCAGCAGAGACUACGAGACGAUUUGGUGAAGGAAAUUGAAAAGAGCUGGAAUGAAACUAGUUCCUUGCAGAAUAGUAUGUCCGGUGGUAGUUGCAGUGGGGCUUCUGGCGCACUAAGUGCAGGCACUGGUGGUGGCAAUGGUAUAACCACAUCAGCUACAAUGCCAAUGACAUUAGGUGGUCUUAGUGCCUUAGGCGGUAAUGUUUCCUCGGCCUGUUCGUCCGGCAAUGUGUCCAGCAACACCGUUGUAUCUGCAUCAGGCACUUCCCUAAGUCAAAUAUCAACAUGCAAUGCACGUCCGGUGACUACAGCGGCCAUAGGUGGUUCUAUUAAUCGUAUUUCUCAUUCACUGGGUAAUAGCUCCACCUCUGUUUAUUCCAAACCUAGUCCGUCUAAUUCAUCAAAAAGUAAUUCGGCCCCUGGCCGUGUAAGUUCCAUCGACCCUUCACAAAGUUUAAAUAUCUAUAAAGCUACCCAAGGUGGCUAUGUGGUCAAACCGCGAGAUGAUCAAUCGAAUAAGGCUGAAGGUCCCACACAAGAGGAAAUUGAACGUAUUGAACGUAUAUUUAAUGAUAAUACUCCUAGACCCAAGUUAGGAACUGGAUCGAAUAGCUUAGGAAGUGCAACAAGAUAUCCUUCAUUGGUAUACAGGUCCAGUGGCGAUAAGGAACGCCGAAAAUCUGCUGGCGAUGAAGAUGUUCUAAAACAGAUGAAUAUUGAUGUGCGCAUAAGAACUAAUUCGGGUAAGCAAUUAUCAGAUAUUGAGAUACUUGAACAAGUGCCAGUGACGAAUUUAGAGACUGGUGUUACAAUACCAUUGUCUGAAGUGAAGCCACCACCUGUACCCGAAGGAUGGAAUCCAUUGUCUUUGCAUAUUCUCAAGUUGACAUCACAUUUGGAGGUAACACAAAAGGAAUCCGACGAUGAGAGUGUCAUAGGUAUACCGCCGAGCAGUGAAGGUCAGCCACAGGAGGAGGAUGAGGGCGAGGCCGAAGAUGGCAGUCGUCUGAAAAAGAAAACAGCCAAAAUAAAACGAUUUUUCGGUUCAACAAUGCGUAAAACUGUUGAUAAGGCAAAAUCGCUUGCGUCGGAAGUGUCUCAUGCACGACACAAAGAAGAUGUGGCUGAUAUUGUCGAUGUUAUGAAUCCUGAGCAGAAUAUUAAGAUAAAAGCUUCGUCGACCAACAAAGGGCCGUAUGAAUUUACAAAACUACAACAUGUACAGGACUUAUCUGGCGAGCAUACAGGCGCAGUUUGGUGUAUGAAGUUCAGUUCAUGUGGUCGUUUAUUGGCAACUGCUGGACAAGAUAAAGUACUUCGUAUCUGGGUUCUUAAAGAUGCAUAUCCUUUCUUCCAGGAUAUGCGAACUAAAUACAAUGCCGAUCAAAAGUCCUCACCAACUCCUUCGCAAGAGUCGUUGGUAUCACAACAAUCGGCUGAAGAUGCCAUUGCUAUGGCCACUGCUGCAGAGAAAUGUACCGGCCCAUUUAUGCCGAAAUCGUUUUGUACCUACAAUGGCCAUACUUCAGAUCUUUUGGAUGUCUCGUGGUCGAAGAAUUAUUUCAUACUCUCCAGUUCAAUGGACAAAACAGUCAGACUGUGGCAUAUAUCGCGUAAGGAGUGCCUAUGUUGCUUUCAACAUAUUGACUUUGUUACAGCAAUUGCAUUCCAUCCACGCGAUGAUCGAUAUUUUCUCAGUGGUAGUUUGGAUGGUAAGUUGCGUUUGUGGAAUAUACCCGACAAAAAGGUGGCCCUGUGGAACGAAGUGGAUGGACAGACAAAACUAAUCACAGCCGCCAAUUUCUGUCAGAAUGGCCAGUUUGCUGUUGUUGGUUCCUAUGAUGGUCGUUGUAUCUUCUAUAACACCGAUCAAUUAAAAUAUCACACACAAAUUCACGUACGUUCGACGCGUGGUAAAAAUCGCAUUGGUCGCAAAAUAAGUGGCAUAGAACCAAUGCCGGGCGAAGAUAAAAUUCUUGUAACCUCGAAUGACAGUAGAGUGAGGCUGUACGAUUUGAGAGAUUUGAAUUUGUCGUGUAAAUACAAGGGCUAUCUGAAUGCAUCAUCGCAAAUAAAGGCCUCGUUUAGUCAUGAUGGUAAAUAUAUAAUAGCUGGAUCGGAAAAUCAGUGCAUCUAUAUAUGGAAGACCAAUCAUGAUUAUUCAAAAUUGAGUUCGGUACGUCGUGAUAGAAGUGACUUUUGGGAAGGUAUUAAGGCCCACAAUGCCACUGUGACUUGUGCAAUAUUUGCUCCACAUCCUGAAGCCAUUAUUAAACCAGAACCAGAUGAAAUAUCCAAUGAAAAGCAAACCAACAACCAGCCAGAUCCUUUGGUUGAACAACAUAAAAAGGGUUGCGGUUACGUGAUGAUUAGUGCCGAUUUCAAUGGAGCCAUUAAGGUUUUUAUUAAUAAAACAAAACCGAAACACAGCAGCCUACCGUACACGGCAAUAGCAGACUAAAUGCGUUGGCCAAGGAAACGCCAACUAACCUAUUAUAUUGUAAUUCAUUCUAAAUUGUAUGCAUUAAAAUGCAUUCGUGUUUGUCUUUGUUGAAUAUUUUUUAUCUCUUAAAUCUUUUCGAAAUGUACGUAAACUUACUUGCUUCAACUUAUUAAAGUGUGUGUUUGAAGAUAGAUGAGCCGGAUAACUAACUUUAACUUACUUACCGAAUUUACAGAUAACUUAUUCAUUUUAAAUGUAUUUAUCUUUUUUCUUUUAAUACUGCUGUAUUUGUUCGCUCUAACGUAUAUUGUGUUUUUGUAUAUUUGUAUUUGCUUUGAAGUUUCUUGCGUUUGGUUUUGAGGUGAUGAAGGUGUCCGCUUAUCAAUCGCCAACAUGAGCUCAUUUUGCUUCAUCGUUGUUUUAAUUUGACUUUUCAAUCAACAUGCUUUUAAUGUUGUCUAAUUGUAGAUAUGAUUUUGACUAUAAAAAUGCAAAGAAAUAAAGCCAGCCUAUAUUGUCUGUCACAGUAUUUUUCGAUCAUUGUGUAAAAUAUUAAUUAGUUAAACAUUGUACGAAAAUAAAAUUAAAACAUUUUUAAUUUUUAGUAGCACUGUAAA